AUGCCUGGAUCAGCUACAGCGAUCCGACAAGAGAGACUGAAGAAGACCCAUGCAAGUCCAAUUCCCCUUGGUUUAUUCACCAUUAAUGAGGAAGAUGAGCAGCAAAAGAAUGGAAAUUCCAGAAGACCCAAAGCGCCUGAUGGCUAUAAGGUACAAGAAAAGAAAACUGCCCCCAGCCGCCCUAAUUCUACACUUUCAGGACAAAAUAACAGCCACUCAGGAAAUAAACCAGAUCCCCCGCCUGUGCUACGGGUUGAUGACCGGCAGCGUCUGGCCCGAGAACGCCGAGAGGAACGAGAAAAGCAGCUAGCUGCACGAGAAAUCAUCUGGCUAGAAAGAGAAGAGCGAGCCCGGCAGCACUAUGAAAGGCACUUGGAAGCACGGAAGAAGAAGCUGGAGGACCAGCGUCUGAAGGAAGAGCGGAGGAGGGCUGCAGUGGAGGAGAAGCGAAGGCAGAGGCUGGAGGAGGACAAGGAGCGCCAUGAAGCUGUUGUACGACGGACGAUGGAAAGGAGCCAGAAGCCAAAGCAGAAAUAUAACCGGUGGUCAUGGGGAGGCCCUCUCCAUGGGAGCCACAACAUCCACAGUGCAGAUCCAGACAGGAGGUCAGUUUCCACCAUGAAUCUUUCGAAACAUGUUGAUCCUGUCAUUAGCAAGCGGCUCUCGUCCUCAUCUGCAACCUUGCUAAAUUCUCCAGAUAGAGCUCGCCGCCUGCAGCUCAGCCCCUGGGAGAGCAGCGUUGUAAACAGACUGCUGACGCCCACACAUUCCUUCCUGGCCAGAAGUAAAAGCACCGCUGCCUUGUCUGGAGACACAGCAUCUUCCAGCCCCAUCAUCAUGCCCUUCAAAGCUGCACACUCUAGAAAUCCCGUGGACCGGCCAAAACUCUUUGUUACACCGCCUGAGGGCUCUUCGAGAAGGAGGACCAUUCAUGGAACAGCGAGCCAUAAAAAAGAGCGAGAAAGAGAACACAUGCCCUUCCACUUUUCCUCUGGCUUCCGAAGGACUCUGUCUCCAUCUAAUCCCAAAGCAAGAUCACCAGCUCCAGCCCGCCUUUGGCUUCCAUCCAAGUCCAUGCCUCAUUUGCCUGGCACACCCCGACCAGCAUCCUCCUUGCCUCCUGGCUCAGUCAAAGCUGCUUCCACUCAGGCCCGCCCCUCAUCCCCUGGCAACAUCCGCCCUGUCAAGAGAGAAGUCAAAGUGGAGCCUGAGAAAAAAGACCCUGAGAAGAAGGUUGCCAAUGAGCCUUUGGUAAAGGGCAGAGCACCCUUAGUGAAGGUAGAGGAAGUCACAGUUGAAGAGGGGACACCUGCAGAGCCAGCUGACCCUGCUGUUCCAGUCUCGACCCCUGUUCCAAGUCCAGCCCCUGCUCCAGCUACAGACCCAGCCCCGGUCUCAACACCAUCAUCAGCUGCGACUGUCAAUGUUGCUCCAAAGGCUUCUGCAGGCACCACUGACCCAGAAGAGGCCACGAGGCUGCUGGCUGAGAAGAGGCGGCUAGCCAGAGAGCAAAGAGAAAAGGAGGAAAGGGAGAGAAGGGAGAAGGAAGAGCUGGAGAGACAAAAGAUAGAGGAAUUGUCUCGAAGGGUGGCUGAAGAGCGAAGUCGCCGGGAGGAAGAAUCCCGCAGACUGGAAGCGGAGCAGGCACGAGAGAAAGAAGAGCUGGCGCUGCGCCUUGCGGAGGAGGAGCGGGAGCGGUGGGAGAGGGAGGAGAUGGAGCGUGUGCAGAAGCAGAAAGAAGAAGAAGCCCGAGCCAGGGAGGAGGCAGAGAGGGCCCGGCAGGAGCGAGAGAAGCAUUUCCAGAGAGAAGAGCAGGAGCGCCUGGAGAGGAAGAAGCGCCUUGAAGAGAUUAUGAGGAGAACCCGGAGGACAGAGAAUGCAGACAAGAAAACCACUGAACAAAGAAAUGGUGACAUAGCCAAGGGAGUUCUCACUGGAGAAACAGAGGUAUCUGCACUACCAUGUAUGAACUCUCCAGGAAAUGGACAGUCUGCACACAGUGCACACGGAGUCACUUUACAACAAUCAGAAGUGACCACAGAGAGUUCUCCAAUUUUGGGAAAAGAGCCAAAUGAAAAUGGAAUGUCUGCUCAAGAUGAAAAUUUUGAAGAAAUUAUAAACUUACCUGUUGGAUCAAAAGCAUCCAGAUUAGAUGUCACCAACAAUGAGAGCCCAGAAAUUCCUUUGAAACCAAUCUUGGCCUUUAAUGAUGAAGGGACACUUGGGCCCCUACCUCAGGUAGAUGGUGUGCAAACACAACAGACAGCAGGUGAGCUAGUCUUCAACCGCCUCCUGUAA